UUAUGAUUUCGAAUAGUUGGGGAGUAAACAGCAAAAAGUUAUGAUUUUCGUAUCAGGUCGCCAAAAAACACUCUUUAUCCCUGGUGCGCCCAAAUUUUUCAUAGUAUCACUAGUUACCAUGAGCUUCACUUUGGCGCGCUUCAUCCUCACCAGUGGGAUUUCCACACAAGCUGGAAGUACCGCCAGAAACCAUGGCUCUCUCCUUUUAACCCCCAGGGCAAGAAAAUUUACUACAACUGCCAUACCCUUAGCUCAAAAGUCAAGUGAAGAACUGUUGGUGGUAGUUGGGGGUGGAGCUGCUGGGGUUUUUGGAGCAAUUAGAGCAAAGACUCUUGCGCCUAAUCUUAAAGUGGUGGUUAUUGAGAAAGGGAAACCUUUGUCAAAGGUGAAAAUAUCUGGAGGUGGUAGGUGCAAUGUGACAAAUGGGCAUUGUACUGACAAUUUGAUUCUUGCAGAACAUUAUCCUAGGGGUCAUAAAGAACUGAGAGGAUCUUUUUUCUACACACACGGCCCAGUGGAUACCAUGUCCUGGUUUUCUGAUCAUGGGGUGAAGCUUAAGAUUGAGGAUGAUGGAAGGGUAUUUCCUGUCAGUAACAGUUCUUCUUCGAUAAUUGAUUGUCUAAUGUCUGAAGCAACGAGGUUAGGAGUUUCUUUGCAGACUGGAAAAGCUGUGACAACCGCUUCUGCUACUAGUGGUGGAAAAUUCCUCAUUAAGAUUGAGAAGAGAACAAUAAAUUAUGUUGAAUAUGUUGAAGCUGAUUAUCUAUUGAUUGCUAGUGGUAGUAGUCAGCAGGGUUAUAGUCUUGCAGCUCAACUUGGUCAUGCAAUUGUUGAUCCAGUCCCAAGUUUGUUUACUUUCAAGAUUGAGGAUUCACAAUUGGCAGAGUUGUCAGGAGUUACUUUCCCUAAAGUUAAAGCUAAGCUGAAAUUAGAUAAUGUCCAAAGUAACAUACCACAGCUCACACAGGUUGGGCCCAUGUUAGUCACACACUGGGGAUUCAGUGGGCCUGUUGUUCUUCGGCUAUCUGCCUGGGGGGCACGAAAUCUGUUCAGUUCAGGUUACAAAGGGAUGCUUGUUGUGGAUUUUACACCUGAUUUGCAUAUAGAAGAUGUGAAGUCCAUACUUAAUAAGCACAAGCAUCGGUUUGUGAAGCAGAAAGUGAUCAAUUCAUGUCCUUCAGAAUUUGGCCUUGUAAAGAGAUUUUGGAAAUAUAUAUUGGAUCGUGAGGGUUUAUCUGAAGAUAUGUUGUGGGCUUCUGUUUCUAAUAACUCAUUAAUUUCUGUCGCUUCUUUGUUAAAACAUUGUACGUUCAAGGUAACAGGGAAGGGUCAAUUUAAGGAUGAAUUUGUCACUGCGGGAGGUGUCCCACUUUCUGAGAUCGUGCUGAAUACAAUGGAAAGCAAAAUACAUUCACGUCUAUACUUUGCCGGAGAGGUACUGAACGUUGAUGGGGUAACUGGUGGUUUUAAUUUCCAGAAUGCUUGGUCUGGUGGAUACAUUGCAGGAACAAGUAUUGGUAAAUUAUCAAUCAAUGCUUAUCUUCAGGAGGGAGUUUUAUGACAUAGACAUUUGGAGAUGACUGCUGACCCAUUCAUGGUUUGCUUUCACACAGAGAGGAUGAUUUUUUGGGAAAUAGUUCUUAGUGAUUCAUUGUGCACGAAGGUUCUGGUCAAAUUGUAAAUGAACAUAGUUCUCUUUAAGUUUUAUUUACAUUAUCAACC